AUGGCACCAGAACCGUCUGAGCCGCGCACCGUCGUCCAUGUGGACCCGUUCAAGACCGAGGUCGGACAGAAGGGCCUGCACAACCGCUGGCACCCCGACAUUCCCGCGUACUGCAAGGUUAAGCAGGGCGAGGUGUUCAAGGUCGAGUGCCAUGACUGGACAGGCGGACAGAUUAGUAACAACGACAAUUCCGAUGACAUCCAGAACGUCGACCUGACGCGCAUCCAUAACCUCUCUGGCCCGAUUGCCGUCGAGGACGCCCAGCCUGGUGACGUGCUUGUCGUCGACAUCUUGGAUAUCACCCCGUUCCCGAACAUGCAGUGGGGCUACACUGGCGUGUUUGAAAGGACCAACGGCGGUGGUCUGUUCUCAAACGACUUUGACAGCAAGGCUGCCAAGGCGAUCUGGGAUUUUGAGGGUGUCUACGCCGUGUCACGCCACAUCCCGGGCGUGCGCUUCGCCGGUAUUCCCCACCCCGGUUUGAUCGGCACCGCGCCGUCGCAGGAGCUGCUGGACACGUGGAAUAAGCGCGAGCGCGGGCUUGUGGCCGAGUACGGUGACCCGACCCCCGCGGUGGCCCUCGUGCCGAACGCUCAGGGCGCGUACAUCGGGCAGGAUAUCCCCGAUGACGUGCGCAAGCGUAUCCACGACGAGGGUGCGCGUACGAUCCCCGGUCGCGAGCACGGCGGCAACGUCGACAUCAAGAACCUGUCCCGCGGCUCGCGCUGCUACUUCCCAGUGUACAUUGACGGAGCGAAUUUGUCGUUGGGUGACUUGCACUUUAGCCAGGGUGAUGGCGAGUUGAGCUUCUGCGGCGCAAUCGAGAUGGCAGGUAUCGCAACACUUAAGUGCAGCGUCAUCAAGGAUGGGAUCAAGAAGCUCGGCGAUCUCAAGCAGCCCAUCUUCCUGCCCUCGCCCAUUGACCCGAUGUAUGCCCAGCAGAUCAUCUUUGAGGGUCUCAGCGUCGACGUCCACGGCGACGGGAAGCAGUACUCGAUGGACGCGACGGUCGCCUACAAGCAGGCAGCACGUAACUGCAUGGCAUACAUCCGCAAGCUGGGGUACAGCAAGGAACAGGCGCACCUCCUCCUCUCGGCUGCGCCGAUCGAGUCGCACGUCGCUGCCAUCGUCGACGUCCCUAACGCCUGCGUCACAAUGGGCCUGCCAACGGCCAUCUUUGAUCGCGACAUCCUGCCUACCGACGAUGGUAUCGAGACGCGCAAGUACACCAAUGCCGCGCUUCGUUCCGACGGAGUGCGGUGCAAACAGGAUUAG